GGUCCUAUCCUUCUAUUAAUAGCAGAUCAAUUGUAUUAGUCUGCUUGUCAAAAGUCAGAGGACUAGACAGCAGGGGUGUGUGUUUUCUAUUCCAUUACAGCAAGAAUUAUUCAUAAGACAGUAAAGCUUUCACCUUAAUACAUAACUGUAUAAUUCUGAAAAUAGCAUAUUUAUAGAUCUGACACAGCUCAUGAGCACUUCACAUGCAUUUAGUGGUAAUUAUCAUUUUACGCUUAAAAUGAAUAAAGCACAUUCAAAAAUGGAUCACAUUGGUGUUCCCUAAGCAGUCUCCUUUAUAAGUGAGCUACACUUCCCUAAAAUUCUCACAAAAGACUGAAGUUGACCAUUCUUCCAGAAAAUUUGCUUCACACUAUCCUUAGCCACAAAUUAUACUCCACUGAAGACAAAUAUUGUAACAGCAUUUCAUCAGAUGAGUGACAGAAAUGUGAAGUACAGUAAUGGAUUAAAUUCAGCUUGCACAGAACACACCAUCAUGCCUGACAACAUAAUCAAUUGCAAGAAUCUGCACUGCAGGUGUCACUUCAGAUUAACCUUUAAUGAAAAUAGGAAAUGCUUCACACUAAUUCUUUUGAAAACAACAUAAUACAACAGGUUAUUAAGAAAUACUGUACUACACCAAUUUAUUGGGUCUGUGUUUUGUUACUUAUAACUUGCAAAUCAUUUACAUUAAGUACUUUUCUUAUGUGUCUCCCAUCUCUGUCCUCCAACAAAGCAAGCAUCUUUACAAUGCUUGCAGAUGACACACACAUUGUGACAGACUGUAAAACAUUCAAUGUCAAUCAAUUAGGGUGUAGGUAUUCUUAAGUGGUGUACAGUAAAUUCUCUGGCAAAAAAAACAAUAGCAAAACCACUGCGUAUUCUGUUUGAAAUUCUUAGGCAUCGAUAUAGUAAUAGGCCUGACUAGAAAUAACACAUACUACAAAUCUUGGAAAGGCUUAGCUCAGCAACAUUUGAUAUCCAGAUAAUCUCGAUUAGAAGCUACUUCCAUUCAUUGAUGUGUUAUGGAAUCAUUAUCACUACCACCAAAACAAGUCUUGACCAUUCAGAAAUAGGUUGUCAGAGUUGUGUGUGGAGUCCUCCCAAGAACCUCCUGUCAUAAUAUUUUAGCUAUUAGGGAUAUUAACCACUACCUCACAAUACAGGUAUCUCUCUUCAGCCAUGACACCAUGCUUCAAAAUCCUUCUCAAUAUGAAACGAAUGUGUCACACUAUGAGCUGCAUACAUGUGUGUCUAUAUACUCUACAAGCCACCAUACGAUGCACAGCAGUGGGUACCUUAUGCCACCACUACUCAUUUUCGUUUCUGUUGCACUCUCAAAUACUGCAAGGGAAAAACAACUGUCUGAAUGCCUCCGUAAGGAUCCUGAUUUCACUUUUCAUUCAUCUUACCUUUGUGCUCCUUACAUGAAAAGUAAGGUGACAGCAGUAGAAUUAUUCUGCAGUCAUCUCAGACAGUUUUCUAAAUUUUCUCAAUGGUGUUGUGUGAAAAGACUGUCAUCUCCUCUCCAGGGAUUCCUAUUUCAGUUCGUGAAGCACCUCCGCAAUAAUUGUGCAUUGAUGAAACCUACCGGUAACAAAUCUACCAGCAUGACUCUCAAUUGCUUCAUUUAAUCCAAUCUGGUGUGAAUCUGAACAUUCAAGCUCACUCAAAAAUAGAUCACAUUAGUGUUCCUUGAGCCGUCUCUUUUAUAAGUGAGCUACACUUUCCUAAAAUUCUCACAAUAAACUGAUGUCAACCAUUCACCUUCUGUACUACCAUCCUUAUGUGCUCAUUCCAUUUCAGACUUUGCUGUGUAUACCCAGUUAUUUAAUCUACAUGACUGUGUUAAGCAGCAUACGAUUAAUGCUACAGUUGAACAUUACGGGAUUGUUUUUCCUACUUAUCUGCAUUAACUUACUUUUUUUAUUACAUUUAGAGCCGGCUGUCACUGAUCAUGCCAACCAGAAAUUUUGCCUAACAAGUCAUAUUGUACCCCCUACAGUCAGCACAUAACACAAGUAAGAAAUGUGUCAUAUAUUGCAACCUGAAGAACUGUCUCUACUAUAAAAAUCCUCAAGUCUCUUCCAAGUAAUAUCAAGUCACUAUGAGAUAAUAAUCAAUUAUUUAAAAGUAAACUGAAGCAUGGUUUGUUUGAAAACAGUUUUGUUCCCAAGAUGGCUCCUUUAACAGAGACAGACAAAACCAUUUCCAAUAUAUUACUGUGUUUUCCCAUUUUAAUGUCUCUUUGCUGCUUUAAUUACACCUUUUGACGAUAUAUGUGAUCACUGUAUAGCUGUAAGGGAAAUUUCUGGAGGGAACACAGCGAGAAAUCAGGGAAAGCCAACAACUCACCUAUCGCAGACUGAUGCGUGGAGUCCAGAAACACGUAAAAAAAACCUGGAAAUCAACUCUUUCCCCACACAUAUUCGAAUGAUUGGGGGGAAGGGGGACGUCUUUAAAACCACAAAACGAAAAUUUCAGAAUAAAAAGGAACACAAUGAUCCAAAAUCUGCAACUGACUAUGUUGCAGAAAGGGUAUGAAGUUCUGGACAAAAUUCAAAACCCUGACAGGAUAAAGCAAUCAUUAAUAUCAUCGGAACACCAGAUGACAGAAAAGGUGAAAUCUUUGAAGAGGUGCUCAAAAAGGGGCAUACCCCUUUCCUCAGAAUGGGAUAUCUGACGGACUUCUGACUAAUGUUGGAACAGAACUACCAAUCUUACUGCUGACCAAAACUAUGCCAUGGUAGAUAGACUUACCUGACUAAAGACAUAACAGAAGCAGAAAUGAAAUUUGCUCUUCACACCAGUAAAAAUAAAUUAUAAACACUACACCUCAGAAAAGUCUUUACAACAAACAAUAAUAUAAUUACUGACAACUAUCUUCAACUACUGCUUAUGAAAUGAUAACACACUUCGUGCAGAGAAAACCAAAACUAUACUGAUUAUCAAAGCCAUAAUUUAGGAAAUUCGAACACUGUGUUGGUACAAGGAUAAGCACCUCUUAUUUAUAAUUCAUCAAGAUUUUGAAUGUGUCACUGGAAUUAUGUUGCAAUCAAAUCAUAUUUGUUAUAUUGAUCUAACGUAUGGACAAACAUUUUGAAUCUUCCAUUGAAAUUAUAAACAGCCAAACAGAGAAGGCGGUAUGUAAUAACUAUGUAAUCUGCACGUACAAAAUGUUAAGAACUAUUGUGUGUUUUAACGUUUUGUAUUUUAUGUUUGUAUUAAUACAGUACCUUGUAAUUUAAGUAAUGGCUUGAAAAUGAAGAACAGCUGUUGAAAGACUGGAUCUUAGGAAAAGCAAUAAUUGUGCAUCCAUGAAGUGAAAAAUGCUGUACACAAAUGAUGAUGCAUGAAGGAAGAAUUCCUUUACAAAUAGUAGACCACAAGAGAAAUGGAUGAAACUAUUUCUUAAAACGCUGCUAUUUCACAUCACAGUUCAGAAACCAUAUUGAAAGAGAAAGCAUUUGACUAAUGGUAUCAUAUGAAGCUGGUUUGAGGAAUAUUGAAAACACUGACAAGAAGAAAACUGCCACAACAUACUGCCACAACAUACUGCUUGAUGGUGACCAAAUAUUCAACACUGAUGAGGCAGGUGUUGCCCUAAAACUGGAUGAAUCUUAGGUUCAAAGAAGAAUCUUUUUUUACUACCAUAUAUUAAGGACUAUAAGCUGCACCUUAAUUUUUAAGCACUUUUUAAAAAAAUAACAUUUUUACCACUUUUAUUAUUGGAGUGCAAUGCCAGACUAAAAAAACUCUUAGUUUACAAAACCAAACAGAGAAUUCAAAACCCUGAAAAUCGUCAUCAUCUAGUUUUGGCUGUUUUGCACUCAGUUCUCUAUUUGCAUAUUUAGUCUUCCUCAUUUCCUUCAGUGCUUCUUUACUAGCCCAUCAAUCACAAAUGGUUUUUUCUGUUGUUGGAGGCUGAAAUGCUGCUCGGCUGCUCUGUUUCUACAUUCUUUUGCCUAUGCUAUUACUUUCAAUUUGUAGCCCACAUAAUAUGAACGUCUUUUUUGUUUUCAUUGCAAAACUAGCUACUAACAAAAAUAUUGUACUGUUACUGAUAACACAAAAAAGUUUGUGAAUCCCACAACUCAUGUUCAUCACAUUGCUGCACUGCUGGUGGCAGUUGAAUCCAAUGUUGCCACAUAACAUAAGUCUCCCACAGCAUUGCAUAUAUGGCCAUUUUUAAGACCGGUGGGAAUUUUUAAUCAAACACUGCAUAUUUUUAUAUUAAUUUUGAGUCUAAGAUGCACCUGAAUUUCAGAGGCAACUUUUUUGAAGAAAAAAGUGUGUAUUACAAUCUGUAAAAUACAGUAUUCCUCCUGGCAAAGAGAAAGAACAGUCACUGUAAUAGCUGAGUUUUCUGCUAGUGGAAAAAUUGUAAAACCUAUGAUAGUAUAUCUUUAUAAAAGGAUUCCCUCUGAAAUUCUUUGUUGGAUAGUGUGGCUCAGACUGGAUGACUGCACCAAUCUCUUAUCAGUUUGCUGCCAACUGCUUUUAUCCCUGGUUACUGGCAAAAAGAUGUUUCCCUGUUUCAUUACUUUUAGAUGGGCAAAAGUCUCAUUUAAACUUGUUAGUUCUAAGUAAGUUCUGUCCAGAGAAGGGAAUACUUAUUUUCAGUUUGCCAUUAAAUCCAACUAAUGUCCUUCAGCCUUGUGAUGUGAGUGUUUUCCAUCCACAAAGCUCAUGGAAGAACAGUGUCAGAUUCUCAAAACAAAAGCAUGGUGGAUCAAAAACAAUUACAAAGGCCAAAUUUGUUUCUCUCUUCAAUGAAGCUUUUGAAUUAGUUGUGGAUGAAAAGAAAAUACAUAAGGCUUUUAAAGGUGUGGGAUCUUUCAUUUCAAUGUUGAAAACACAAAUUUCAACAAAUGCAUACAGAAACGUCGCAAAACAUGAAUUUCAACAAAUUUAUGGAGGCUCAUCAUGAAGAGCUAGUGAAAAACACAUUGGAUGUGUGAGGAUACUGGUGUGUAGUAUCUGUAAGUGGUUUUUCUUUGGAGGGCGACAAUGCCCAGUGGCGCAGAGUCGCAAGCAGAGGCAGUUGUUGAGAGGCUGUGGAAGGUGUAGGCUGCGUGAGCCAAAGGCGGUUGCGUAGUGAAGGAUUUAUCUCUAUGUUUAAUAGUAGUGGCACACAGUUUGAAUAACAGUGUGUUUAUGUUUGCACAGUGUGAUAAAGGAAAUAAAUUAAAUUUUACCUAUUCUUAAUGCGUCUCCAUCAGUUAGUAGCACACCGUUGCAUUUAACAACGAACAAAGUCUUGAUAUACAUGGUCAACUACAACAAGAGGAUUGUAACAUAAUAAUCAUUAAUUAACCCAUAUAAUCUCUAAGGAGACGGGAGAUUAUAGAUGGGGGGAAGGAAUGUUCUCAGCAGGAAGACCAUACAUUUAUACAUAUUAUGGAAUCUGAAUUAUCUGCGGAUACAAUUUAUUUCUCAAAACAGCUUUACUUGAAAAAUCAAGAGCCACUGAGAUUACAGACAGACUGAGCAAAACAAUACUUUAGAUGUGAUUUUAAGCUGAGUGUCCAAACAAAACGAAGCAAAUUGCAAAUAUUGUGUUUCUUAGGCCUACAGCAGUUAAAUUAUUACAAAUGUGAUAUUGUACUUACAGGAAGAAAAAUUUAGCCCACAGAAGGUGACACACUGGUGUCAAAACAUGUCUGGGGAAAUAUAAAAAUAAACUAAUUGUGUUUGCAUAUGGCUGAUUUCCAAAACAACCCGGUUUUUAAAUUGCAAAUACAGAGGAACAAAAAGCGGAGCUUCAAACCUUAGUAAAAUGAGAUGUGAAAUGAGGUAUUCCUCAGACAAUCAAACAGAAUAGAUGGUUUUAAAAGAAUACAUCUCUGCACUUGGAAGCACCCAUUCAGAAGGCUUUCAUGGUUCUCAGGUUCAGAACUCUAAAUGACCAAUAGCAAGCUCAUCUCAGGAAGCUCAUAGAAUCCCAGUGGAAACCUGAAAGGACCAACUUCAUUGGUCAGUAAUUAAUGAUAAAAAAAAUGGCAAAAGAAAAGAAACACAAAUAAACUUCCUUAGGCAGUUCUGAAAAAUGGAAAGUAUAUCAUGAGAGGGGUUUCUUUUCUUUUUUCUUUCUUUGAAACAAAAGCAAAACCUGGAUGCAUCGCAGAAAAAACAUACUGUCAGGAUCAGGCAUCUGAUGAUCUAGUCUCUGUUCAUUAAUUGGGUAACGCUACUCAUUUCGCAAGGUUUUCUGUUUCUUUUUGUUAUAUGCAAUGCAAAGAUGAUACAAGUGGUCUUUUUUUCCAAUGUCCCCUUAGCUGUAUAUCAGUAGGUUAUGUUACAACUAAAUAUGGCAGGUAAUAAUGGGAAGAGUAGAUUCUGAAACAGCAGCACCAUAUCACCAUAGCAUAAAUGCAGCUGACAGCUGCACCUACACAGAAGUCGUGAGCUCACCUGCUAAUAUCAUAGACAAUGCUAGCAGCAAUCCAACCAGAUAUGAAACUGAAGAGAGCACUAUCCUACGAAUCCAACAGGAGCUUCACUCAAAAGCUAGCCCAGGGAUGCAAACACACCCACUGCGGCAUUAGUGUCCUCAUCAAUAGCUGCAACCAACUCCAAAAAACCGUUCCCCCUCCCUGGUGCAUUGAGAGCCACAUAUAGGAUUUAACUUUGUACUUUUUUUAAUGCAAAUGACAUACAUAGACAAGUAAAAAAAUUCAGUGAAUUCCUGAAAGGCAAGGAUGUCUUCAUUUGUUCAGUUUCUGAGACUCAUCUCAAAUCAGGAUUUAGGACCUUGGUACCAAACUAUACUAUCUACCACGAAGAUAGGUCAACAGCAGGAGGUGGGAUUACAAUCUUUAUAAAAGUGGAAAUCCCACAUCACCAGUUGAAGCUGCCCCCCCUCCCCCUACAGGCACACAGCAGUUAGAGACAGUAGACAGUAGCUACAGAAGUAAACACAACCACUGGCUUUGACAGUAUACAGACCCAUCCAGUAACAUCCAUCAUAAAAAUGAUAAUGUGGUACUGGAACAGCUGAGAGGCAAGUCCAUAACUGGGGAAGACCUCAAUUACACAAUUCUUCAGCUUUUUUGGUUAUACAUAAGUUGCCAACUUUUAGACACAAAUAACAUAUAUGAUUUCAAAGAGAGAGAAAAAAAAGCGCUGAGUCGUCUGAAUAAGACACAGCCAGGACGAAAGCACUACAGGUGCAAAGAUGCGAGCUGGUGCCAGUGUCAUAGAGAUCCGCCACUUGCACAAGCCCCACCAGCGCCACGGGUGGUGCUGAGGAUAUCGACUUUGUCUCAGCCAAUAGCUGGCCGAGUACAAUCUGCCAAUGACUGGAUGACAGUGAACAGAAGCCUACUCGGAAGAUAGAAGAGCACCUCUCACCCACUUAGUUAUAGAUCAUCGUGCAGGGCUGAGUUAGACCAGGAAUGUCAUUUAGUGAACUCUUAGAAGUAAACAAACAGAUGAUGUAAAUUGCAUUUGCUAUGUACUAUGAAGUUAACCUACGAUUAUUUGCACUUGGGCACUGAGGGCCUUUUUUGUGUUAUAUUACAUGCAGUUUUGCAGACUUCAUAAUUCGACAGGUCACAAAGAUAAGUAAACCUUUUUAAUUCAUUUGCGUGACUUUGUUACUAAUUUGUUAGAGUGUUGUAGGACCUUCAUUCUCCUAUCCUGUUACCUGAUCCUGGGAGAUAGAUGUGUAAUAGUGGCAGAGAAAAAUUGUCUUAGCAGUGUACUGCACCGGAAGCUGUUUCACGAGCUCACAAAGUCAGCCUACCACAACAACCACAACAGCAGUGGCAACUCUGCUUCCACAGCAGUGGCGACAAGGAAUUUAAAAAAGCUGUAUUUCUAAAAUCGAAGUAUUUCCUAAAGUCAUCUGUUUAUUUAGAUAAAUGCAAUUUUUUGCACUUUUGGCAAUAAAUAUAUAUUUUUUUGGUUGGUUUUAAAAGUAUAAUAGCUGGUGCUACAUUGUAAAUUUACGUUCAAAUAAAUGAGCAAGUUUCUUCUUUAAAAUUAUUGAAGCUCUGUCUCUCUCUUCCUGCUGGUUUGCACCCAACAUCAAUAAUUCUCGUUCGGCAAAUGCUGAGGUGAUAUUAACAGAAAAGAUAUAUAAUAUCUUUUAAUUGCUUGGCGACUUAAUUAUAUUUUGUUUUUAAGUAUAUAUUGCUAAAUGACUGAAGUGUUUUUUGUGGAAAAUAUUUCUCAAAUCAUAAAUCCUGAAACAGAGUUGUGGGGUCCUUUUUGAUACCAGUCAAACUGUACACACAUGCCAUUUCCUCUGUUGGUCAUUCUAUUGUUGGCAGUUCUACAUACCUUCUCGGCAGUUGAUAGUGAACCUCCUGACGAACUAGUAGCAUUGUCGAGUUGUUCUCUUUCUCAGUGCAAGCUGUAAAGUUUGGGUGGUGCCAUUAUUGACACCAUAAGUGUUUCUGUUUGCCCUACGUCAAAAGUUUACUUAUCAACGAAAUGUCAUUUUGUUUUUAGGCUUAGUGAGUGUUUUCAUUUAUUUUCAGUGUUACUAUGGCUUCGAGCUCUCAUUCACGUAUGUCAGUGCUCGAUCCAAGUUUUCCAGACUUUGUGAGAAAAUGCUAGUAGAAGGAGAAGAGGGUAGUGAUGCAUAUGAUCUGGACGAUGAAAGUGGCCCUUCUUACAACAGUGAACAUGAAAGUGCUUCAGAACAAAGUCGUGACUCUAGCGAAUCAGAUAAAUUAGAGGGGAAAUAAACAUAGAUGGGAAUCAUCUAGUUUCUAUGGCAGAAAUAGGUAUAUGUGGUCCACUCUAGAACCUCAAAGGAAUGUGAGAACAUCAGCCCACAACUUGAUAAUAAAAGUUCCUACACUGAAAUUCCCUGCAAGCCGAUUGGGAGACUCAUGCAGUCCAUUGGAAGCAUUGGAUUAUUUGUUUACCAGAGAUAUAUUAGAAGAAAUUGUGAGUCAUAUAAAUGUGAAAACUACUUCAUAUCGAUCAAAAUUUUUUGAUCAGCAGCACACAGAACUACGAGACAUGAACAUCAAUGAACUUAGGGCACUAUUUUGAUUAUUAUACUUCAGUGCCAUUUUCAAAUCUAAUCAUGAAAAUCUGGAGUCUAUGUCUGCAACAGACGGCACUGGAAGAGAUAUUUUCCGCGCCACACUAUCCAUGAAGAGAGUGUUGAUAUUUUUUUACUGCCUAAGAUCUGAUGACAUAACUAGCAGAGAUGAAAGGAAGAAAAAUGACUCUGCAGCAGCGAUUUCUUGGAUUUUUGAUAGAAUGGUUCACAAUUCUCAGGCAUCUUUUAACAUAUGUUCACAUGCAUGCAUGGAAUGCGUCUUUUCAUAUGAUUUGCUGCAAAAGUGUCAGAAAAUGUAAUGACGACAUAUAAAAACACUAACCAAAGAUUUUAACUCGAAGUUAGCUUCUAAUGAUAUUUAAUACCUGAUUAUUGAAGAUACAGUAUGUAAAAUUAUGGGUAGAGAGUGAUCUGCCCACUAUACUCUGUUCAUCAUAAGAAUAAACCUGUUGUAAACAGUAUGCCAUAUAUUCCUCCAUGUUUGCUCGAAUCUCAUUGGAUUUCGUUUCUCGUGGAGCUGCCAAGCUGUGUCCAGCACAGUCAAGUACGAUCACAAGGAUACGUUUUACGCUGUGUUACACGCACAUAGACUGAGUUAGACUGAGUAAUAAUGUGGGACAACAGCUUUACAGAAACCUUUAGGGAGAGCUUGGCUCGAAACGAAAAAACCAAUAACCAAUAGCAUUUCAGGGUUGCGAUAUCCAAUGGGAUUGGUUCGUUUCAAAGGAGUUGUGGUGUGUGUGUGUGUGUGUGUGUGUGUGUGUGUGUGUGUGUGUGUGUGUGUGUGUGUGUGUGUAAGCAGUGAAAUUUUCUGUGUGUCCAACAUGAUUUUUCAGUGUCAUGUGUGCGAUAAGGUCUAUCCUAAAAAAGGUAAUUUGAAUAGAUACUUGUUAGAGGUUCAUGGACUGCAAGUAGAGCAGAAAAAAUUGUGUGCGCCCUAUGCAAUAAAAGAUAUACUUCUGAAAAGAGCCUCUUUGAACAUUGACAGUCGGCACGUGAAGUAGAUGUGAAAUAUUACAUUUUAGCACUGUUGAAGAAUUUCAGAAGGGGAAGGAGGAAACUGAGCAGACAGCGCUCUUAAGGUUUGUCAAACGUCGUCGUUCCCAUGCUAAGGUUGAUUCAGAAGCUGUUUCUUAAAUUUGUCACCAUUCUGGUAAGUUUGUGUCUAUAGGAAAAAAUGUGCGAUGUCUUAAAUUGCAAGGUAGUAGUAAGAUUGAUGCACUGUGCAUGCUAAGAUGAGAGUAGAUAUGAAAAAGGAUGGAACCUGCAGCGUGAAAUAUGUUUCAACCCAUGUUGGCCACAAAUCCAAGUUAUGUCAUCUGCAACUAACAAAAAGAGAAAGGUAAAUUAUUGCUGCAGAUAUAGCAAGUGGCAUACCAUUCUCUUAUAUUAGGCAAAAUUCGAGAUACAGUUGUAGAUAAAAACUUGGAAAGGAUACAUUUGAUUACGAGACAGGAUAUACAUAAUAUAGAUUGAUCUUAUAAUUUGUCCAAGUCAGUAAGACACCAUAAUGAUGCAAUAAGUGUAAAAGCAUGGGUAAACGAAGUAAAUUGUUGAGACAGUCCUUCUGUGCUUUUCUAUAAAUAGUUUGUUGUAUUAAGAGAUCAUUGUUUAAAUUUUAUUACUGUACAUUGCCAUGAGCACUAAGUGUGGAAGCUGCCGUAGGAAGAUAGAAUCGGGUGUGGUAUGUGGGGGAUGUGGGGGUGUUUUUCAUUGGGGCUCAUGUAGCGGGAAAUUUGAUGAGAUUAUGCUUUUGGCUCUCCCAUGGAACUGUAGGUUCUGUAGUAUAGAAAAAAGGAUCGUACAACAGGAGGAAAAGAUGUGUGCCCUUCAGGCUGAACUAGAUUCGGUAAAAACUGAAUUAGCUAAGUUAAAGGGGGAAAAAGACUGCGGGAAAUGGGAAUUGGUAACAAGGAAAUUGCGAAAAGGGACCAGCCAUGUAGAUGUUGUUGCAGUUCCAGUUAUGAGUAAAAUCUCCUUGUUACCUGAAGUAGGAAGGGAGGAGCCAAAAACAGGAGUAGUUGAAAGUAGGGUGCAGCAGACUACUAAAAUUGGUAACAGCAUUAGGUCGGGAAAAUCUAGUAAUAGGAAAAGAAAAGUCUUGCUGCUAGGUAGCAGUCAUGGGAGGGGUGUAGGCCAACUAGUGCAGGAGAAAUUAGGAGCAGAUUACCAGGUCACGAGUUUGUUUAAGCCAAGUGCUAGGCUUAGCCAGGUGAUAGAAGACAUAGGACCACUCUGUAGGGACUUUGACAAGAAUGAUGAGGUGAUAGUAAUAGGUGGGGCAGGAAACAGCCUGGCUAAGGAUAGGAAUUAUGAUAUUAAGAGUGACCUGGAUAAAAUAGGAGCUGCAACAGGAUGUACGAAUGUGGGUUUUGUUGAGGUAUUGCAGCGUUACGAUCAGCCCUCGGUUAACCCUUCUGUGUGGCGAGUUAACAGAGAGUUGAGCGAGCAGCUGCUAGACGGUGCAAAAACACACAUUUAUACAGUGCCUGUUGGUAGCAUUGGGAGAUGGGGAUACACUCGACAUGCCCUGCACCUAAAUAGUCUAGGGAAGGAUAGAUUAGCUGAUUUAAUUGUAGGUCGUCUAAAGGGGGCCACUAGCACUCAAGGCAAAACCCCUGUGACCCGAAAGGGCAUAGGGGCACCUUUUUUUAGGUUGAACAAGAUGUCCAGACAGGCAGCUCUUAAAGGUAAAAAAAUAAAUGGUUCGAAUAAAGGUAGAGGAAACAACUGUGUUAAUAUAUUUCACCAAAAUAUCAGGGGAUUAAGGAAGAAAAUAGACGAACUAAUAAUUUGUUUUGAGAAUAUUAAAAAUACAACAGAAGUUGAUGUACUGUGCCUGUUUGAACAUCAUAUAACUACACAAAUGGAAAAUGUAAAUAUUAAUGGGUAUAAACUAGCAACUUAUUUUUGUAGAGACAAUAUGGAGAAAGGAGGAGCUGCCAUUUAUGUUAAGGGGGAACAUAGUUUUAAAAACAUAGAAACCGCAAAAUUCUGUGUAGAACAGCACAUUGAAGUAUGCGCUUGUGAGCUUAAAUUGGACAGUGAUAAAUUCAUAAUUGUGACUGUGUAUAGGUCCCCACUUGGAAAUUUUCAAAUGUUUCUUAAAAACCUAGAUCUCUUGCUGCGUUAUCUGUCAGAAAAGGGAAAACACAUUCAUUUGUGGAGAUUUUAACGUAGAUUUUCUUAAACACUCAAGCAAGAACGACGACCUUGAACUAUUACUUUGCUCUUACAAUCUGACAUCAGUCAUUGAUUUUCCUACUCGUAUUGUACAAGACAGUAGCACCCUGAUAGAUACCAUUUUCAUAGACCAAGAUAAAUUAAAAGAAGCAAGCACCUAUCCUAUUAAGAACGGGCUUUCUGAUCACGAUGCACAGCUACUUUCAAUUCAUGACUUUGCUCCAUACAGUAAUGUGAGAAAAAAAAAAAAAUAAUAAUAUGCCCAAUUAACCAUAUAACAAUUCAACAAUUUAAGGAAAGCUUGAAAAGGGUAGACUGGGAGGAUGUUUAUCGGGAACCUGAUGCAAAUGUUAAAUUUAACUUAUUCCAUGAUAAACUUGUGGGUAUAUUUGAAAACAGUUUUCCUAAGAAAUUAGUGAAUCAUAAUUCAAAUAAACUUGAUAAAAAACCAUGGCUGACUAAAGGGAUUAAAAUUUCUUGUAGCCGGAAAUGGGAACUAUACCAAGACACUAGAAUAAGUCGAGACGAAGAAAAGCUCAACCAUUAUAAGAAAUAUUGUAAUAUAUUAAGGAAAGUUAUAAACAAAUCCAGAAGUAUGUGUAUCAAGUCUGAGAUUAGCACCUCUGAUAACAAAGUUAAAACAAUAUGGAAUAUAGUUAAAAGGGAAACAGAGCAAUCAAGGUCACAGGACAACAGUAUUACUGUUAAGCACAAUGAAAAGUUUAUAAAUGAAAAAUCACAGGUUGAAAAUAUUAUUAAUAAUCAUUUUAUAAAUUUAGUGGAAAAUAUAGGCACCAGCUGCUCACCAGAUAGGGCAGAACUCUAUAUGAAAGAGGCAUUCCCGGUGCAAACAAAUGAAAUUGAAAUCCUACCCACCUCACCGUCUGAAAUUAAGAAAAUAAUAAAUUCACUUAAGAAUAGAAACUCACAUGGAACUGGUGGUAUCUCCAGUAGAAUACUAAAAUCUUGUCCACACCUGAUAAGUCGAGUUCUUAGCCACAUAUGUAAUAGCUCAUUGAAUCAGGGAAUAUUUCCUGACAGAUUGAAAUAUGCCAUAGUUAAACCCUUGUAUAAAAAAGGUGACAAGACAGACGUCAACAAUUAUUGUCCUAUUUCACUUCUGACAUCCUUCUCAAAAGUGUUUGAAAAAGUAAUGUACUCAAGAGUAACUUUACACAUUAGUGGGAAUAACGUUUUAACAAAAUGUCAGUUCGGUUUUCAUAAAGGUGUUUCAACAGAUAGUGCUAUACACGCUUUCACUGAUCAAAUUUUUAAAUGCUCUGGAUAGUAGAACAUCACCAAUUGGGAUUUUCUGUGAUCUCUCUAAGGCUUUUGAUUGUGUGGAUCAUGAAAUCCUCUUAGAUAAGCCGAAGUACUAUGGAAUGAAUGGUUCAGUACACAGAUCGUUCACUUCAUAUUUAACUGGUAGAAUGCAGAAGGUUAAAACAGUAAACCCACAUAGUACACAAAGGGCAGCAGAUUAUUCAGACUGGUGAUAUAUAUAUCAAGAAUGGGGUACCACAGGGUUCUGUCUUGGGGCCUUCAAUGUUUUUAAUAUAUGUCAAUGACUUGCCUAAUUAUAUUCAUGAAGAUGCAAACUUGGUUCUCUUUGCAGAUGACACAAGUAUUGUAAUCAAGCCUAAAAAGCAAGAAUCAGCUGAGGAAAAUGCAAAUAAUGUUUUUCAAAGAGUUAUUAGGUGGUUUUCCACAAAUGGACUUUCAUUGAACUUUGAAAAAACACUGUAUAUACAGUUCAGUACAGGGAAAGGCAUAAUACCGGAAAUAAAUAUAGAGUGUGGGGGAAAAUCUUUAGCUAAAGCAGAUUGUUCAAAAUUUCUGGGUGUCUGUAUUGAUCAGAAUUUAAACUGGAAGACACACAUUGACAAUCUACUGAAACGAU